CUGUACAUUCCCUGUGACGUAUUCAUGGCCACGCCUACUUCAAGGAAGACAAAAGGCUUAGAAGCAGUGAGAGAAUCAUUUCUUUGGGGCCUGAGUCGGCAAAGAAGGUAAGAUGGCCAAAGUCCCUGACCUAUUUGAAGACCUGAAGAACUGUUACAGUGAAAAUGAAGACUACAGUUCUGAGAUUGACCAGCUCUCUCUGAAUCAGAAAUCCUUUUAUGAUGUAAGCCACGAUGCAAGACAUGACCCACUUCAUGAAGACUGCAGGGAUAAAGUUCAGUCUCUGAGCACCUCCGAAACCUCUAAGACGCCCAAGCUUGCCUUCAAGAAGAAUGUGGUAGUAUUUUCAGCCAAUAGGAUUUCAAAGAAAAGAAGGCUGAGUUCAAAUCACCUCAUCAUUGACCAUGACUGGGAAGUCAUUGAUAAUGAUACAGAAGAAGAAAUCAUCCAACCCAGAUCAGUAUCUUACAACUACCAGAGCAGUACGGAGUUCACCUUUGGGAGGAAAAUCAAACAAAGGUGCAUCCUGAACGAUGCCCUCAACGAAAGUGUGAUUCGAUCCGCACCAGGUCAGGGGUAUCUCAGGACGGCUGCGCUACAGAACCUGGAUGAUGCAGUGAAAUUUGACAUAUAUGCCUACAGAUCAAACAAGGAUUCUCAAUUUCCUGUGGCUCUAGGAAUCUCAGACACUCGCUUCUUUGUGAGCGCCCAAAAAGAAUGUGAACCCAUACUGCUAAAGGAGAUGUCUGAGACACCCAGAAUGAUCAAACAAGAGACAGCUGAGGCCAGCCUCCUCUUCUUCUGGGAAAGUCAUGGCUCGAAGAACUACUUCAAGUCAGUUGCCAAUCCAACAUUGUAUCUUGCCACGAAGGAAAAUGAGCUGGUGCACCUGGCACGUGGACAACCCUCUGCAGGCAAAGUCCCCAGACAAUCGGGGCAAGGCAAGGGGGGAAAGGUGCAAGCACUCAGGGAUGGCUCUGGAGAGAGACACCAGCUUGGCCUGCUGCCCGACCUUGCAGAUAAGAGUUCUGAGGCCCUGGCCAUGAAUCUUGAAAGGGAAGGAGCUGUAACAUUUACUAGAGCCAGAAGGUGGAAGUCACCCAAGCAUCCAGGAGAGAGGAUAAACAUACAACAAGUGGCUUUCAGCCUGAGAAGGGAAGCAAACUCUCACACGUACUGCAACACAAAUCAACACUGCGGGCUUCACGCUAAGUGAACUAAGUGAGUCAGAAAAAGACCAACACUGCACGUUUCAUCUAUACAAGGCCGGGCAGACUCACG